AUGUCACGAUCAGAUAUAGUUGAAGAACAGAAAUAUGCUGGGGAAAAUGAAGCCUCUGGAGGGUUAUUAGAGGAGAGCGCGCCUGGUGCUCCGACAAGACACGGUGGACGGGAGAACAUCAAGGUGCUGGUGCGCAUACGCCCGCUGCUGCCCAACGAGGCGGGACCCGUCGCCGUCGUGAUAGGGGAGGGAAACACGAUACGCGUGAAAGGGGCGACAGCACAGAGGCAACUGCAAUGUCGCUACGAUGCCGUGAUUGGGUCAGAAGUGUCCCAAGAGGGGGUGUUCUCGCAUGUUCGCGAAUGUACGUCGGCUGUCCUUGAGGGCGAGAACUCAAGCAUUUUUGCAUACGGACAAACCGGGUCGGGCAAGACGUACACGAUGUUUGGGCCCGAUUUAGACGCGAAUGGAGGCACGGCGCCGGGAUAUGGCAAGGGAAUCAUCCCUUUGGCGGUCACCGAUCUGUUCCAGGGGCUGGCGGGUUUAAGGCAGGAAAUGGGCGGCGCUGGUGAGUCUUCAGUGUGGUGCAGCGGCGUCCAGAUCUACAACGAACAACUUUUCGACAUGCUGAGAGAUCCUCAGAGAAUUCAUCCACUCGCCAUACACGAGCAAGCGGAAGCUGGGAUUUACGUACAAGGGCUGAGCGAGUAUGCGGUCCGCAGCGCCCGGGAAUGCCUUCAGUUGUUACGUGUCGGGAGAGAACACAGAGCGAUUCGAGAAACCCACAUGAAUCAGGCAUCAAGUCGGAGUCAUAGUAUCUUCCAGAUCGUCGUAGAGCAAAAACGCCGGAGUGAGCAAGACGGGGAGCGCAUCCUUCGGUCGAAGUUCAACCUUGUUGAUCUCGCGGGUUCCGAGAAGUGGGACGUGAAGCAAGAUAUGGCAGAGGUUCGUGUUAGCGAGAUGACGAACAUCAACGUCUCCUUGUACACGCUCGGGCGCGUGAUUGCCGCGUUAAGUACCCCUAAUUCCCACGGCGAGGGGGGCGCGCGCAAGGGCCAUGUUCCAUAUCGAGACUCCAAGCUCACACGACUCCUUCAAGAUUCUCUCGGAGGGAACACCAGGACGAGGAUCAUCGCCACACUGUCACCGGCAAGUCAGUCUGUGGAUGAGACUAUCAGCACGCUACGCUUUGCUGAUCGGGCAAAGCAAGUCAUGGCCUUUGUCAGGGUGAAUGAGCGCCGCCCUGUAGACCACGCGCUGGUUCAUCGCCUGCAGGCUGAGGUGAACCAUCUGCGUGGGUUAGUCCAAGAUACCGCAGAGGCUCGGAGCCUCCGCGAAGAGGCACCCGAUGGGCCCACUCGGCCUCCUGCUCUCACGGCUCUUGCUGAAGCUCAGAGGCUAGGGUACCAGGAGACGAUAGAUCAGUUGCGUCGGGAAAACACAGCUCUCAGAGAAAAUCAGGGUCCCAAGGCAGUUGACAAAAGUGAUAACAAGCCGGGGCAAAUGGAAUCGGACGUCGCCACCCUGCAAGCGGCGAAUAGGGCUUUGUCCACCGCUAUCGAGCACAUAGUACUCGAUAUUCGGCGUUUCUUCCGAUUCGACAUCGAGGAAGAAGAUCUGCGCGCUGAUCUGGCCAAAUUAUUGACUCAAUUGAGCGGUAGUAUUCCCGGGGGAGCGAGAUGGUGCAACAGUUUGAACGUGUCGACAUCAAACUCUUGCUCUGCGUUGGCUGCCGCUCAGCAGACGAUUCGGCAAGGAAUAGACGCUCAAGAACACUCGAACUCGCAUGAGAAAAGCACCCCCGGAGAGGCGCAGAGCGAAACACGGGGGGGGCUGCCCGCAGCGAGUCAACUGUGGAAAGGAGGGGUUGCAGCCGGGGGGCAGCUGCACCAGGAAAAGUCGCAAAGCGAACACGUUGCGUUGCCCCCAGUCACGCCAAAGAAAGACCACACGUCGGAGAAGUUGGCUUAUCGUCUUCGUGGAAAGCACGCAGAUGAGAUGGUGGUAGUGAUGAAGAAGGAGAUCACGGAAAAGGACGAGGAGCUGCAACUUCGAAAAGAACUAAGGCUGGCUAAGGAACGAAUGAAGAAGAACAUCCAGCUGCAGGCAUGGCUGUUGCAGAAGGAACAGCGGGAAAUAGAGAUGCUCAAAAGCGAAUCGGAGAAACGGGACGAACUUGAUCGAGAUCGACGAAGAAAAGAUGAAGAAUUUCUACGACGAGCCGCGAAGCAGAAAGCUAAGCUGAAGAGGUACUGUAAAGGAAGGUUGCUGCGUAUCCUGUCACACGCGUGA